AUCAUUUCCCUCAGUAAGCGACGAUAAGAAUGAAUGGACAUAUAUCAAACACCCCUCCUGGUGGAUACGGAAGUUAUUUUCCUCAAAUGAAUGGCUAUGGUUCCCCAACAUUUACUCAGGCAGAAAGGGAGCAGAAUUCAAGAACAAGUGCAAAAGCUCUGUAUGAACAAAGAAAGAAUUAUGCACGAGACAGUGCCAGCAGCAUAUCCGAAACUUCGCAGUAUCACGUAGAGCACUUGACCACCUUUGUUCUGGACCGAAAAGAGGCAAUGAUUACUGUAGAUGAUGGAAUAAGGAAGCUGAAACUGCUGGAUGCCAAAGGCAAAGUGUGGACUCAAGAUAUGAUUCUUCAAGUGGAUGACAAAGCUGUCAGCUUGGUGGACUUGGAAUCAAAGAAUGAACUGGAGAAUUUUCCUUUAAGCACAAUUCAGCAUUGCCAAGCUGUGAUGAAUGCAUGCAAUUACAAUUCAAUUCUUGCGUUAGUGUGUAAAGAACCAACCCAAAACAAGCCUGAUUUGCAUCUUUUCCAAUGUGAUGAGAUUAAGGCUAGCUUUAUUCAUGAAGAUAUUGAAAGUGCAAUCAGUGACAGCAAAAGUGGGAAACAAAAGAAGAGGCUUGAAACACUGAGGAUGAUAUCCAAAGCUGACAGCACCAUCCCUCCACCGCCGCGGGCGCCUGCCCCUGUGCCACCGGGGACCAUCACCCAGGUGGACGUGAGAAGCCGCGUGGCAGCGUGGUCCGCGUGGGCCGCUGAGCAGGGGGAGUUUGAAAAACAUAGACAAUACCAUGAUCAUGAAGAAACAGCGGAGAUGAUAGCAGCCAGGAUUGACAGAGAUGUUCAAAUUCUGAACCAUAUUUUGGAUGACAUUGAGUAUUUUGUUACCAAACUUCAAAAAGCUGCUGAAGCAUUUGCUGAACUUUCGAAGAGGAAGAAAACUAAAAAAAGUAAAAAGAAAGGACCUGGAGAGGGAGUUCUUACUCUCCGUGCAAAACCACCACCUCCAGAUGAAUUUGUUGACUGCUUCCAAAAAUUCAAGCAUGGCUUCAAUCUUCUGGCCAAAUUAAAGUUCCAUAUCCAGAAUCCUAGUGCAGAUGAACUGGUUCAUUUUCUGUUUACCCCACUACAUAUGGUGGUGCAGACAACAGGAGGUCCAGAGCUUGCUGGUACAGUACUCAGCCCCCUCUUAACAAAAGAUACUAUAGACUUCCUGCUAUAUACUGUCACUAGUGAGGAAGGACAGUUAUGGAUGUCAUUAGGUGACACGUGGACCAAAGCCAGAGCGGAUUGGCCCAAAGACCAUUUUAUUCCACCUUAUGUCCCCCGUUUCCGAAAUGGUUGGGAGCCUCCUUUGCUGAACUUCAUGGGAGCUCCAAAGGAGCAAGAACUCAAUCAUUUGGCUGAGUCCGUGGCAAAUGUUGCAGAGCAACAGCGGAAGCAAGAAAUGAAAAGACUGUCAACUGAGCCUCCCAGUGUUCCCGACUACCCUCCGUCCGACGGGUAUGCAUUCAGUAACACGGUGUACAAAAGAGGGCCUCUGCUGGACCAGGGGGCGGCUGUUGCUGCCUUUAAGCAAACUGUUAGCCGACAUGUAGAUAGAAACUAUGAAGCACACAGUAAAGCACAGACCAAGAAAUACGCCAAAUGCAAGUACGAAUUUAUGGCAAGAAACAACAGUGAGCUUUCUGUCAUGAAAGAAGAGAUCGUAGAGAUUCUGGAUGACAGAAAGCAGUGGUGGAAGGUUCAGAAUAAAAGUGGCAGCAUAGGCUUUGUGCCAAACAACAUUUUGGACCCUCUGAGGAAUCAAGAAGGUGCUCUAGGAUGGUCAGAGCCUGCAUUUACCCGCACCAUCCAGAAACAAAGGACGGACUAUGUUGCGAAACAACCUGAUCCAGUUCCUGCUACUCCUUCACCGCCUCCAACACCCGCUCCUGUCCCCGUGGCUGUCCCCCUCCCUCCUAGCGCACCAGCACCUAUCCCGGUUCCCGUGCCCAAAGCACCAGCAACCAUCAGCCGCCAAAGCAGCACCUCUAGUGACAGCGGUGGUAGUGUUGCACGAGACACCCAGAAGCAGAAGCAAGUUCCUGUGGAUCGCAGGAAAUCGCAGAUGGAGGAGGUGCAGGAUGAACUUGUUCACCGACUCACCAUUGGCCGGAGCGCUGCCCAGAGGAAGUUCCACGUGCCACGACCAAACAUCCCGGUAGUCAACAUCACUUACGACUCUUCACCUGAGGAUGUGAAAGCGUGGUUGCAGUCCAAAGGAUUCAAUCCUGUGACUGUCAACAGCCUUGGCGUGCUGACGGGUGCUCAGCUUUUCUCCCUCAAUAAAGAGGAACUGAAGACUGUUUGUCCAGAAGGGUCUAGAGUCUACAUCCAAAUUACGGUACAGAAAUCUGCCUUGGAGGCUAACAGUGGUAGUUCAGAACUGCAAGAAAUUAUGAGAAGACGACAAGAAAAAAUCAGUGCAGCUGCCACAGAUUCAGGUGUGGAGUCCUUUGAUGAAGGAAGCAGCCACUAAAACGUCUCUUCUCUUUUCUUUAAUUCCAUUGUCCAUAGCAUUAUACCUUCCAGCUUUGCUUUAGGAAGCAGUGCAGGGGAACGUCUUAUAAUAUUGUAAAUGUAACUAGCCACCAUAAAGAAAAUUUGCAGUAGUCUCCACAGAAGUACCUGCUGC